CUGCUGACGGGCCAUGGUUGACGCUUGGAGGCAGAGACUGAGGAUGCGCCCGCGUUGGUCUCUAGUGCCUGAAGACCUCUCACUAGAAGAGAGAGAAGAACUUUUAGACAUUCGUCGAAGAAAAAAGGAACUUAUUGAUGACAUUGAGAGGCUGAAAUACGAAAUUGCUGAAGUUAUGACGGAGAUUGACAAUCUAACUUCAGUGGAAGAGAGCAAAACUACCCAGAGGAACAAGCAGAUAGCUAUGGGGAGGAAGAAAUUCAACAUGGAUCCCAAAAAGGGAAUUCAGUUUCUAAUAGAGAAUGACCUGCUGCAGAGCUCCCCGGAGGACGUGGCCCAGUUCCUGUAUAAAGGAGAAGGCCUAAAUAAGACCGUGAUCGGGGACUAUCUAGGUGAAAGGGACGAUUUCAACAUUAAAGUUCUCCAGGCCUUUGUGGAGCUCCACGAGUUUGCUGAUCUGAACCUCGUCCAAGCCUUAAGGCAGUUCUUGUGGAGCUUCCGACUUCCGGGCGAGGCUCAGAAGAUCGACCGCAUGAUGGAGGCGUUCGCGUCCCGCUACUGCCUGUGCAACCCGGGCGUCUUCCAGUCCACAGACACCUGCUAUGUGCUGUCAUUCGCGAUCAUCAUGCUUAACACCAGCCUCCACAACCACAACGUGCGGGACAAGCCCACGGCCGAGCGCUUUGUCACCAUGAACCGUGGCAUUAACGAGGGAGGGGACCUCCCAGAGGAGCUGCUGCGGAACCUGUAUGAGAGCAUCAAAAACGAGCCGUUUAAGAUCCCGGAGGACGACGGCAAUGACCUGACGCACACGUUCUUUAAUCCUGACCGUGAGGGCUGGCUCCUGAAGCUGGGAGGGCGAGUGAAGACCUGGAAGCGGCGCUGGUUCAUCCUGACCGACAACUGCCUCUACUACUUCGAGUACACAACGGACAAGGAGCCCAGGGGUAUCAUCCCCCUGGAAAACCUCAGCAUCAGGGAGGUGGAGGACCCCCGCAAACCGAACUGUUUCGAGCUCUAUAACCCGAGCCAUAAAGGCCAGGUCAUCAAGGCCUGUAAGACGGAGGCGGACGGCCGAGUGGUGGAGGGCAACCACGUGGUGUAUCGCAUCUCCGCCCCGAGCCCCGAGGAGAAGGAGGAGUGGAUGAAGUCCAUCAGAGCGAGUAUCAGCAGGGAUCCUUUCUAUGACAUGCUGGCCACGAGGAAGAGGAGGAUUGCCAAUAAGAAAUAGCCCUUUCCUGGCCUGAACCGGUGAAAGCAGACCCCAGGACCGAAAGUGACCGGUAGCCUCCCCCGCCC